AUGAAUUAUUUUCCUGUAAGUAAUAUAAAUUAAAAUAGAUAAGUGUUUUACUUGGUGGAAAUAGAAAAGCCAUUCUACAGAGAUUCAAGGGUAACGGAGUUGUAUUUGUAUUAGAUUUCUUAAAGUAAAAAAGAUAAAAAUUUUAUGAAAAACUUAUAUCUUAAAAAAUGUUACCAAAUGAUAUUGAUAUAUUAUUCAAUGAAAUAGACAUCGAGAUAGCAACACUUAGAGAAAUAGAAUAAAAUUUAUUAAAUUAGUUGCACUCAAAUUAGCAGCAAAAGAUAUAUGAAUAUUUGAAAUUAGGAGAAUAUGAAUGUCUUCCUCUUUAUAAUAUUUCACUUAUUUUAGGUGAUAUUGGAAGUGGUAAAACAUUAAUGAUGUUUUCAGCUAUACAAAAUUAUUUAAUCAAUUAAAAUAAGGAUUUCAAUUUGAUUUAUUAUGAUUGUUCAUGUACUUUGUCUGCUUAAAGAAUCUAUAAAAUUAUUAAAAGCACCAAUUCUGAAGCAACAACUAUUGAUAUAAUGAAUAAAAUUUAAUAUAAAGCUGUUGAUUCUCUAAAAGACUUUGAAUAACUAAUAAAAACUAUUCCUAAUAAAUCAAUUGUAUUUAUAGAUGGAUUAAUGACUCUAUAUCAUGAAAGUGAAAUUGAAAUCUAUAAUCUCUAUCACAUUAUUAACGAAUUAAUGAGAUAUUUACAUGAAUUAACUGAAUCAUAAUAAAAUACAUUUGUUAUAUCAAUUAGAUCAGUCUAGGAUUAAUUAUAGUAUAUACAAGCUACUAAAUAUGAUUAAUAUAUCAAUACAUUUGCUAGUUCAAUUAUUCAUUUGAUUUCAACAAAAACAACCAAAAUUAUGAAAAUUCAUAAAUCACUAAAUGAAAGAUUACCUUUUGAUUAAUCUAUUCUCUAUUAAAUUAAUGAGGAUGGGAUUAAAUGGUCAAAUUAAUGA